AUGCACUCUGGGAGUUGUAGUUACAAUCGGAAUCCGUUACCAGAUUCCGAUGGAUACAAGAACUACACUUCCCAGAUACACAAAGAUUUUUACUUCCAUGUCCUGACACGGAGUUCGGCCAGUCAGUGGCAAGCUUUUCUGCUCCCGCCUCCUCCUGGGCUCUGGGAGGUUGCCCACAUGGAUGAAUGGGAAGGAGAUUCUGCUGAAGAUUCAGAUGUCAAACAGUUGGUUGUUGGUGACAUGGAGGAAUCUGCUAAACCAAAUGACGUAACUGUUUGCUUCUCUGUGGAAGAACUGGAUUCCCUGGAAGACGGACAAAGAGACCAUAAUAAAAACCUCAAGACAAAAAUCCACCACAGUCCGAAUUUAGUGGGUUAUCUGUAUGUAAAGCCGGAGACUGUGCCCAGAAUCCGACGAGGGGAAGGACUAUGUGUGAGCAGUGAUCUGUACAGUGAGAAGAGGAGGAAUCGUUCUUGUUUAACUGCAGGGGAGUCCGUCGGUAGAAGCGAAGAGUGGCGUCGCUCGCCAGCCGCCAGAACUGGGCAAAGUUAUCCCACGGCCGGUCACAAAAGUCUUUUUAGGAACCUGGAACAGCAAACGGGUCCUCUUGAAGAUAAGGAGCCGAGUGAAAGGGAGGCUGUGAUUGGUACGGACCGGAUCACCUCCGCUGCGGAACCUGACAACCCACAGGGUGUAGUGCAACAAAGGAACAGACGGGCGAGGAAAUACUGGUGUGGGGAUUGCGGGGAUUGUUUUAGAGAACGCUCACAUUUUCUUCAGCACCAAGAGACUCAUUCCAAGCAGGAGAGUACCUUCACAGAACAUGGACAAAGCCUACUUUCUAAUAGACAUCAAGGAGUCCAAACGGCAGCCGACUCCAGUUCUUAUCCUGAAUGUAGUGUGGACAGUACGGAUGAGCCCAAGCCGGCGAAUCACAGGAGGAGCCCUGCAGAAGCCAAGUCCUACACAUGUAAAGACUGCGGGAAGAACUUCACCCAGAAUGCCAGCCUUAUUGUCCACCAGCGCACACACACAGGAGAAAGGCCACACAACUGCAAAGUGUGCGGCAAAAGUUUUAUAAGCGGCUCCUAUCUAGUAAUGCACCAGCGGGUCCACACAGGUGAGCGGCCUUACGCCUGCAACGAAUGUGGCAAGAGGUUCAUUAGUAGCUCAAACCUUAUUAUACACCAGCGGGUUCAUACGGGAGAGAAGCCAUAUUUGUGCACAGAAUGCGGCAAAUGCUUCGGCCACAGCUCCCACCUGGUCAGACACCAGAAGGUCCAUACGGGAGAGAGACCUUUUACCUGCGCAGAAUGCGGCAAAGCCUUCUCUAGAAGCUCACACUUGGUCAGGCACCAGAUCAUCCACAUGAGAAAUCCAGCCAAUCAGGCUGUGUGAUAUUAGACAGGACUUGAUUGUGGGCACGGACCAUAAACAUCAAGUCGAUGUAUGUUUAUAUGUAAAUAUAUAUAUACAUUGGUUC